AUGAAUAUUCAAAUCUUUUUAAUUCUUCUUUAUUAUUGCAAUUCAAGAUGUGCAUUCACAGUUGAUGAUAAAGACAAGCCAAUAGAAACAGAUAAAGAUCCAGAAAUAAUAGGGAUUUUAGAAGCAUGUCCCUUUUAUUCUAAUCAACCUGUCUGUUGUACAAAAAGUUAAGACAGAUCAAUGGUUAAGGAUUUCAAAUCUUUAGAUGCUACUUUUGGUAAUGAUGGAGGAGGAUGUGAUAUGUAUAAAAUGAAAAUAAAAAUUAGAUGUGGUUCAAAUAUGAAGAGAUUUUGGUGCCAUUAUACAUGUUCUCCAAAUUAGAGUGAUUUUAUGAAAAUCACUGGUAGAUAGAAUAUGACUGACCCAUUGAAUUCUUCUAAGAUCAUAGAAGUGUAAAUGGUGACUUUAGAAGUGCAUCCUUAAAUCGCAUGUGUAAUAUAUAAUAUUAUUAAUUUAAAUAUAGGAGGUUUAUUCCUCAUGUAAAAGAACUUCAUUUGCAACUUAAGUUUCAGCAAUGUCCAGUCCAGGUGGAUUCUUUACUUUUUAAGGGGAAUAAGCAGUGUAAAUAAUAAUUUUUAAUGUUAAAGUGGUGAAGGAGGAUAAUAUAUUAAUGUUGAAUUUUAAGAAUCCAAUUCACUCUUCUUUGAGAAUAUUUGGACUUGCGAUCGCAAUUACAGCUACACUACUGAAGAUGAAAGUGGCAUUCAUUAUUGGGAUGAUUUUGGAUAUGAAUUACAUGGAGAAUGUGGAUGUAAUACUUGUGAAUCCAGUUGUCAACCUGAUAAAAUACUCUAUUAACCACCAGGAGUAUUUUAUGGAUUUGAAAGCACCUAUAUAUUAUUUGCUUGGGGAUGGGCUAUCUUAUUAUCUUUGGCUAUUACUUUAAUUAGGAAAUGCUAAAGAAAAAGAUAUGAAUUAAGAGACUUGGAAGAAUAGAAAUAAAUUCUUUUUGGAUGAUCA